CUUAAAACUGCAUGUCCCGCUUUUUGUCGGCACUACACUAUCGCCCGAUUCUCUCGCUACACAUAGAAGCAUCUCUUGCUCACGAUCAACGUGCUCGACAUUUUGUACUGAAAUCUACUCACUGCAAUCCGCGAUAUCAACUUGUUCGCUCACCGAAAUGAUCAUCAGCUUCUUAACCAGAACUUGGACCACCAUUCAACGUGUGGCGCAGUAUCGAUCCGGCGUGCAUCAAAAUAACUCUCAGUUUGCUACGAGCUCCGACUAUCUGGAUUCUAUGAACGUACAAACCAAAACGGAUGGAGAUGGACGAUCAGUGAUAGCGGCCGUGUCGAAUUCCUUGCACGAUCGGCACCCCAACUCCAUACCGGAAACACAGCAACACCUCCAGAGCACAUUCCAGUCCGCAUUAACUUUCGGCGUAGGGUGGUGACGAGUGGCCUAAGUCCACCGUCAGUAGGACCAAUUACCGGGUUAUCACCUCCCAUCGAGAACCCUCAAGAAAUGAUCGCA